AUGUGGGGAGCGUGCGGAGAACUUCAACUUCCCUUCAACAGCAAUGGACCAGACAUCCCCAAAAGGAGGGCCCUCCUCUCCUGCAGAACCGAGACUGCAUCUUCCCUCAACUACCGACCCUCCAGGCCCUCACAAUCCCCCCCAAACCCCUCGUAUGGCUGGUACGUCGCAUCCCCACCAAAGCCACAGCACCGCACUGACAAACCCCAGAUCUUCGGCGCAACCGGCCACAUGGGCCGCUCCCUCGUGAAAACCGCUCUAUCCCAUAAUGACCUAGUAGCCGCCGUAGGGCGCACAUACGAAAACAGCCCCGAAGCAAUGCGCGAGCUGGAAUCCGAGCACGAGAACUGCCUCGGUCUCCUCUGUGACGUGCGGGCCCGCGAAACCGUCAAACAGGUCAUCGACGCCACAAUUGCACGGUUCGGCCAUAUCGACGUGAUCGCCAAUUGCUCGGGCUACGGCGUCAUCGGUGCCUGCGAAGACCAGGACGAAUACGAUAUCCGUAACCAGUUCGAAACAAACUUCACUGGUACCCUGAACAUGAUCCAGCUUUCGCUGCCGCACUUCCGCCAACGACGCGCUGGCCGCUAUCUGAUCUUCAGCUCUACUUCCGGUGCUCUUGGCGUGCCGGGUCUCGGCCCUUACUGCGCUUCUAAAUACGCGGUCGAGGGCCUGAUGGAGAGUAUGCUGUAUGAGGUCGAUAGCUUCAAUAUCAAGGGUACACUUGUGGAACCUGGCCAUAUGCGUCGCGAUGACGUUGCAGACUUGGUUUCGCCUUCUGCUAUGGCGUCGAACCCAGAGCAUAAUCUGUCUUCGCCGUUGCCGCUCUACGGUCACUUCUUGGUGAAGCCGCCCAGUGAGCCGUAUAAUACUACUACGUCGCCUGCGGCGCAUGCUCGAAGAAUGCUGAUGUGGCUGGGUGACAAGCAGCCUGCUAGUGCUGUGAAAGCGGCGCAUCUGGUUUGGCAGCUUGGUCAUUGCUCAUAUCCGCCUUUGCGGCUCAUUCUGGGCACGUAUGCGGUAGAGAGUAUUCGGGACCGGUUAAAAUGUAUUAUCGAGGAGAUUGAGGAUUGGAAACAUUUGAGUUUCCCGCUGGAGCCGCAGCCGACAGGACGAGAUAGAGAAGAGAAUGAGAUGGGUGGUUGA